AUGACCGACCAUGGAGUUCUUGUUCAUCCGGCACUCUUUGAGCAAUAUUUCGUUUAUCUAAUGAUCCUCGAGCUUUGCACAUUCAGCUCAUUAAUGCUUUCGUACGCAUUGUUCCAACGAUUGUUGACUUCAAAAAGGAUUUUCCACCCAAAUCUGACAACGAUUCUACUCUUUCAACCGAUAUUUCUGAUCAUCGCGACUUUUAUUCGCCAAUUCCGUCAUAUCCUUCAAGUCAUCAAUUUAAUCAAUGGAUUUUCUUUCCAAAUUUGCUCUUUCUUCUCAGAAGCACUUGCCGCUGUGUGUCUAAACAUGACCUCAAGCUACGCCAUCGAACGCUACAUUGCGAUGCGGAAUCUUGAGAAUUACGAGAACAAAUACCCAAAUAAUCACAUCGGAUUGAAGAUCAUUUUGGGAACGCUAACCCUUUUGGUAUUUGACCUAAUUGUUUUCUAUACGAGUCUCUUGCCGGGUUGGUUAGCUUAUGGGAUCAGCUACGUUGUGCAAAUUGUCGGCAUCUUUAGGUUUGGCAGAAGAGAUAUUCGACAAUCGAUGCGAGAUAAUUAUCCAAAUGUGGUUGAUCAUUUUCUUGGAGCCGAUGAUGAAAUUAAAAUUGAAAGCUAUGUUCAGGCCGAGGGUGAAACCAGUCGUACCUACACUUCGAAACGUCUUCGGAGAGCAGCUCAUUUACAA